AUGAACGAAAUAGGGAAAUUCUUGGUGGCUUCGCAAAAGCGCCGACGAGGGCGGGGGUGGUCAGCAAGUCGAGCAAUAUCAUGCCAGCUGUGCCUCGAAAUCAUGACGAUGGAUGGCGAUGGCGAUGGCGAUGGGGAUGGGGAUGGGGAUGAGAAUGGGGAUGGCGAUGGGGAUGACGAUGGGUAUGAGAAUGGGGAUGGAGAUGGCGAUGGGGAUGGGGAUGGGGAUGGGGAUGGGGAUGGGGAUGAGGAUGGCGAUGGGGAUGACGAUGGGGAUGGUGAUGGGGAUGGCGAUAGGGAUGGUGAUGGGAUGCUCACGCAAGGCGGCAUCAUGGCUUCCGUGCGGCGACUCCUGGCUCUCGUGCUGCUUGCGCUCGUCGCCACGGCCAUCCUCGCGGAAGCCGCCAGCAAGACCCACUCGCAGCGGACGGCAGGCGAAGCGAAGAGCAAGGCCACAAUCAAUAAGCGGCCGGGCAGCUCGGGUGCUACCGGAUCGACGUUUGAAAAGAAAGCAGCCCGCUCGCAGCAGCCAGCAGUGAAGAUGGGUGGGGGCAAGCGGCAGGGGCAGCAAGAGACGACGGGCGUGAAGCAGCAGAAAUCGUUGGAUGGCCACAUGAUGACAGAGAACGGAACUCGUGUGGUGGCAGGGAAGGGGCACGCGAAUGGCACGAGGCACGCGAAUGGAACGAGCACGGGCAGGCGGUGGGACGGCAGUGGGCAUGGCCACGCCGUGAACGGCACUGACGGUCGCGCCAGGCCGCAGCGGGGGGGUGCUGCUGGCGCUGGCGGCCGUGCCGGUGCUGCUGGCGGCCUGCGCAAGGAGGGCGGCGGUGCUGGUAGCAGGCGUGGCGUGCGUGGAGGCAGUGUGAUUGGUGAGUAUGAUCACACGACUGCUGCUGACGUCUUAUUGAUCGCCAACAAAUCUAGUGGUGUGGUGGGGGCACGGAUGAGUGGGGCGCAGAUGGUGGGGUCAGCAGGCAUGGCGAAUGCCACUGGGAGGGUGGAGCUGAGGCUUGUCAAGACGGCCACGGACAUGGACGUGCACUACUCUCUCUCCCUCGCGCACCUCUCCUCCCCCUCCCCUCCCACCGCCGCCUCCAUCCGCGCAGGGCCCGCCUCCUCCCCCUCUGGUGCGCUGCUGCUCACCUUCCCCGCCUCCGCGUGGACCAACACCACCCGCACCCGCCCCUUCCGUCGCGCCACAAACGCCACCGCUGCUGCCCCCCCUGUGGCUGCGCGCUUCAGCUACGGCGCCAGGGGCGUGUGGGGCAACGCGUCGUCCCUCUCUGCUGCUGCGGGUGGCUCGGUGGCUGCUGCUGUGAGCAGCAUUCUCGCUGCCCCCGCCUCCUUCCACGCUCUCAUCGCCACCUCCACGUUCCCCCAGGGGGCUGUGCGCCGGCAGAUGGCCAACAUGACCCGUGGAGGGGAGUAG